GUCUGUUAUCAGGGCAGUUCAGUGUCUGUUCUGACUGUGAAGGAAACGAUCACCAAGAACUCACAAACGAAAACUCUCUCAGAGUGGAUUAUCACGGACGGAAAAAGAGGAUUAUUUUCGUUUUUGAUUCUUCCACUAAGAAGUUCAUUUGAAGACUGACAGUAAAAGAUGGCGCUGAAGAGUCUCAUGUUAAUCUUGACGAUAUGCUCCAGCAACAGGCUGCUGGUGGCUACAAAUCCUGAUGGCGCCUACCAGGAGUCUCCAAAUCACCAUGGGGAGGAUCAGGCCCUGACAAUCCGGAUUCACAAGGCCCAGUACCAGUGUUUCCAGCAGAUGCUGAGAGAGUCACACCACAAGACAAAACCAUUUGGAGCUGUGUGUAACACCACCUGGGACGGCUGGCUGUGCUGGGAUCAGACUCAAGUUGGAGUCACUGCAGAGCAAAGCUGCCCAGACUACUUUGAAGAUUUUGACCACAACGAGGUGGCAUCUAAAGCCUGCACGGAGACAGGGGAGUGGUGGCGCCACCCACAGAGCAAUCGCACGUGGACCGACUUCAACAACUGCAAGGCCAACAGCACCCAUCAUAGCACAGUAAUCGCCCACGCACUCAAAGAUCUAAUAAAAAUAAAAUAUGAAUCAUUUAAAGACACUUUCUUUGUCUGGCAGGUGACCAUGACUCACUUCUACUUGGUCAUGAUUGGACAUGGACUCUCGCUGGUGUCACUGCUCAUCUCACUGGCGAUAUUCUUCCAUUUUAAGAGUCUGAGCUGCCAGAGGAUCACGCUUCACAAAAACCUCUUCCUGUCGUUUGUCUUGAACUCCAUCAUCACAGUGGUGUGGUUAACAACCGUGGUGCAGACGAAGGGCCACACGUACCAUGACUCGGGCAGCUGUAAAUUUCUGAUGUUCAUCCAUCUCUACCUGUUGAGCUGCAACUACUUCUGGAUGCUCUGUGAGGGCAUCUACCUCCACACUCUGAUCGUCGUAGCCGUGUUUGCAGAGAAACAGCACCUGAUGUGGUACUACCUGCUUGGCUGGGGUUUUCCUCUUAUCCCAGCAGUGCUGCACUCAAUCGCUCGACACUGUUACUAUAAUGACAAAUGCUGGGUCAGCUCUGACACGUCGCUGCUGUACAUUAUCCAUGGCCCCAUCUGUGCUGCCCUGGUGGUGAACCUGUUCUUCCUCUUGAACAUUGUGCGGGUCCUCAUCACCAAGCUGAGAGUGACGCACCAGGCUGAGUCCAGUCUUUACAUGAGAGCAGUGAGGGCCAUACUCAUCCUCAUCCCGCUGCUGGGCAUCCAGUUUGUCCUGCUGCCCUACAAACCCACGCAACACUGGGCCUCUGAAAUCUACAUGUACAUCAUGAUCAUCUUCAUGCACUACCAGGGCCUCUUAGUUUCAACUAUAUUCUGCUUCUUUAAUGGUGAGGUCCAGAGUGUUCUGAGGAGACACUGGAACCAGCAGCGGAUGCAGUUCGCGGGCACGUUCGCCAAUGCCGACUUCUUCCGCUCUGCUUCUUACGUGGCGUCGUCGCUCACUGAGGUGCAUCGCUGCUACAGCAUAGAGAGCCACACCGAGCACAUGAAUGGAAAGUCAUACUCUGACAUCUUCAGAUCAGACAGUCCUUUUGUCUGAGCGUACAUGGUCAAAACCCAAGCUCUUAUUCUGGAUUGCUUUUGAUGCUUCACCUUUACCCAACACGCAUCUUGGAGGACCGAAAUUGUUUCUGCCAAAGGAACUAUGGGUCAGCACUGAUGAGAAGAAAUUGAAAAUUUGAGUUUCGUUAUUUCUCUCUCAAGUCAUACCAUGUGGCCACUGAAAAGAAACGUUUUGAUGCACUGGUGAUGGAAAUACUUGACAAAAAAGGGACACAACUUCUUUGGCAUUUUGUAUUUAUGGACAACGGAAACGCAGAGAUUAGCUGGAAACGUAGCGUAACGCAACAUGUGUUUUUUUCCAAUAUGCUGGACAAGUCAAAGGUGGUGGUGGGCUAAUGACACUUCAUGAAACACUGUCCUAAUUUUCACAGACAACUAGAGGGCACUCUCUGCCCUAAAAGGUUUGGGUUUGAACAGUCAUUUCACUGAAACCAUUCUUAAACCCGAGAGCACCACCCACUGAGCUCUAAAAAUGGGGACAAUGUUUCAUGAAGCCUCAUCAGCCCAUGACUUGUGAAAGGUAUUUUAAAUCUUAUUAACUUGUACAUGCUGUAUAUUUCUGUGCACAUAUUUUUGAUCGAUCAGCCACAACAUGACAGCCUGUCACCUGCAGCUCUUGCUUGUGUUCCAAGGCUGCACGUUCCAUGGAAGGCUCUUCCACUGAAAGGAAGUGACUGUUUUGGCCCAGGUGUCAGCAGAGCAAGUAUGUAUCUCAGACUUUCACCCAUUCUUAUCGAAAAGUUUCAGCACCAGGCAGAGGGCUGGCACUUUGUCAGUUAGAAUUUCCAGCAGGACUUUAGGCUGAAGCUGCGCCACUGUUGGACAAGGAGGAUGUCAAGGAUCGUCUAGAGACUGAACUGCUAAGACGCCAUUUGGCUGAGCAAAAAGCUAGACUUAUACAGUGGCAUUCUAACGGCCACAGUGGCACCACUCAAGAAGAAACUGUGUCAGAGUCAACAGUAGGGAUGGGCGCUAUGUGAAACAUUUAUCAUGACAAAUGUUGCCAUUUUGGUGAUGAAAAAAAAAACACAAUUACAUUUAAUGUCACAUGUGUUUGACUCGCUAUAUUGCAUAUUUGAAUGCUCAAUUGUUUUGAUGAAACCGCCUGGUGAGUUCUGUUCUCCAACAUCAACAAAGGUUAAAUACAAUAGUUAAAUAAGAUGGUCAAUUCUGUGUCUCACGUCUCUCUUGUGUUCGUCACCUCACAGACAGUGCUCUGCCAGUUUAAUUUUGGCAUUAAACUGUGGCUGUUAAAGGGUUUAAGAUGCCUAUAGCUUCAUGGGAUUGUGGGAUGUGACAUGAGAUUUUUCCAGUGAGGUCAUGUCCGUGAUGUUUUUUUGAGGGCACUCAAAGUGGAGAGCAGUUUUUUCCAGGGUUGAUCCCUGACAUGACAACUGCAUCUGAAAACUUAUUUGGACCACUCUUUCUAGCAUACUGACGAAGAGGUGUCCUCUAUUAUAGACCUCGUAUUCAAAGGCGAGGAAAACUGUGACCGUAAAGCACAAUCGUAAAAUGUUUCCCUGAAUGAUAGCCUGGCGUGUCAUUAUGCUGUGUCGUGCAAAGUACAUGCUAAUGAUAGGUUGAUGAGGUAUCAUGACACGGUGUCCUGAUUUUCAGAGGCCACCAGAUGGCACUAUCUGCUGUAAAAUGUUUGGACUUGAGCAACUAAAUAAUUUAUAUAUUACUUAAACCUGAAAAUUAGGACACUGUUUGAUUAAGCCUGCACUACUGUUUCAUGAAACAUCAUCUACCAUAUACAAGUAACAUCCGACUUACGUCCAAUCUGACUUACGACCGGUUGGUCGGAACCGAUCCUGGUUGUAAUUCAGAUUGGACGUAAGUCGAAUGCCAUUCAAAAUAGCUGACGCAAGGGUUUUAGCUACUGCUGUAGUGGUAGAUCGCUGUGAGAGAGUAAGAUGCUGGGAUACUGCGCUGCCGUAACUGUCGUACGCAAUGUCCUUAUUUUCAGAGAUCAGUAGGUGGCGCUCUCAGUGUAAAAAUGGUGUGAGGUUUCAUUGAAAUAGUUUUGAAAUCCCAAGAUUUCUGAGCACAUAGCACCAUCUAGUGGGCUCUGAAAAUGAAGACACUGUUUCAUCAAGCCUCAUGAGCCCAUCGCUAGUAGCAGAGUGGUGUAGGCAAAUUGGGAACAUGGCACAUUCUGUCUAUUGUAUUGAUCAUGUGAUGUUAAAUUCUCACUUUGGGGAUUGUUUUCAGAGGUUUCAAGUUUUGGUUCAAUCCUACUAUACAGCCUUUUGAAUUGCUGUUGUCCCAGAUGAAGGAGGUCAACCAGCAAAUGACCUUGAGAUCAUUGCUGCCAUUCAAAUCCAGUGAAUGACAGAAUGUGUUUCCUUCAAGACGCACUUGAGAUUUUACAAAAUGAGGCGCUGCAGGUUUCAGCCUUCAGUUUUCCGUUGUGCGAUCUCUUUU